UAGCAUUAUAUUCAGAGUUCAAAAUUACAAACGAAAAGUUCAUUGAAGCAAUUACCUUACGUUAGAUCAAUCACAAUGAAAAUUUCUACGAUUUUUCUACCUCUGGUAAUCCUGGUUGGAUUUCUCUACUUCCAACCAACAGCAGCCCAAAUUGUCUCGCCAGGAAUUUGUCCUCAGUACCCGGUCGUGCAGAAUUUCGACGUGGAACGAUACCUUGGGUUGUGGUACGAGAUUAAGCGAUACGAACAGUUCUUCCAGCUUGACGGCGAAUGUGUAACGGCUCAGUACUCCAUCAACGAGGAAGAUGGAAGUGUUCGCGUCUUCAACAGCAUGGUUGUGCUCCCGAAUCAGGAACGUCAAUCGGAUAUUGGCCGAGCUGUGGUCGCUUUUCCAGAUGAAGUUCCCCUUCAAGCUAAGCUGAACGUUACUUUCGAUGCUGCGGCUGAGGUGUCCGCAAACUACUGGGUCCUGGAUACGGAUUACGACAACUUUGCCGUCGUUUGGGGGUGCUUCCAGCUGCCUCCCAAUGAACAGGGACCCAGGCGUGCCGAAAAUGCUUGGAUUCUGUCUCGGGAGUAUCGACUGGAUCUUGAUGUCAUACAAGCGGUGGAGAACAAAAUUGCUCUCUUCUUGGAUGCCUCACAGCUACGGGAAACCAAGCAGGAUCCUCGAACUUGCUGUUCGGUCGAGGAAGAUGUCACCACUCAUCCAUCCUGCGCCAUUAUGAGGCUUAAGUCAAAACGUGUUUAAAUUUCAAUGAAAUCUCAAACUGUAAUGUAAAAUAGUUCGUUUAAUCAUUUUUAAAAUAAAUUUUAUUCAUUUUCAA